AUGUUCUCCAUCCGCAGUCUGCCGACAAUGCGGCACAGGGACCAGAAUGAGGAGGAUGGGGCGGAAGACAUGACACAGCUGCAAGAGCUACAUGAGGCUUCUGUGCUGAUAAAUUUGAAGACAAGAUUUGAACGGAAUUUGAUUUAUACCUACAUUGGCAGCAUCCUGGUGUCCGUUAAUCCAUAUAAGAUGUUUAAUAUCUACGGAACUGACAUGGUGCUGCAGUAUCAUGGACACACACUGGGAGAGAACCCUCCUCACCUGUUUGCUAUUGCAAAUUUGUCUUACACUAGAAUGAAGGAUGCCAAACAGAACCAGUGCAUUAUCAUAAGUGGGGAGAGUGGCUCAGGCAAGACCGAAGCCACCAAGCUUGUCCUGCGGUAUAUUGCUGCAAUUCACUACAAGAGUGACAUUACGCAUCAGAUUCAGAUUCUUGAAGCUGCUCCUCUGUUAGAAUCGUUUGGAAAUGCCAAAACUGUCAGGAAUGAUAACUCGAGUCGAUUUGGGAAAUAUGUGGAGAUAUUUUUGGAGGAGGGUGUGAUCAGUGGUGCCAUAACCUCACAGUAUCUACUUGAGAAGUCCAGGAUUGUGUUUCAGGCCAAAGAUGAAAGAAACUAUCACAUUUUUUACGAGAUGGUGGCCGGCCUCCCGUCCAAGCAGAGAGAGUCAUUCUACCUUCAGGAUCCUGAGACUUACUAUUACCUUAAUCAGGGGGGUAACUACAGCAUCCCGGGGAAGAGCGAUGCGGACGACUUCCUGAGGCUCCUGAGCGCCAUGGACAUCCUGCACUUCAGUGCCCAGGACCAGGACGGAAUCUUCCGAGUCCUGUCCUCCAUUUUGCACCUGGGAAACGUGUUCUUCGAGAGACACGAGGCGGACGCCCAGGAAAGAGCGUCUGUGGUGAGUGCCCAGGAGAUCCGCGUGGUGGCUGAGCUGCUCCAGAUCUCCCCGGAGGCCCUGCAGAAGUCCAUCACGUUUAAAGUCACGGAAGCAAUGAGAGAAAAGAUAUUCACCCCACUUACUGUGGAAAGUGCAGUUGAUGCCAGAGAUGCAGUUGCCAAGAUCUUGUACUCCGUUCUGUUCAACUGGCUGAUCGACAGGAUCAACAGGCUGGUUUACCCAAAGAACGAGGCCCUGUCAAUCUCCAUUCUGGAUAUAUAUGGAUUUGAGGACCUCGCAGUGAACAGCUUUGAACAGCUUUGCAUCAAUUAUGCCAAUGAGUAUCUUCAAUGCUUUUUCAAUAAGAUCGUUUUCAAGGAAGAACAGGAUGAGUACAUCAGAGAGCAGAUUGCAUGGCAGGAGAUGCACUUCAGUAACAACCAAGCCUGCCUUGACCUCAUUGCUGCAAAGCCUCAUGGGAUACUUAAAAUCCUGGAUGACCAGAGCUUGUUCCCUCAGGCAACUGACCACACCUUCCUUCAGAAGUGUCAUUAUCACCAUGGCAACAACCCCCUUUACUCAAAGCCAAAGAUGCCCCUCCCUGAGUUCACCAUUACACACUAUGCAGGAAGAGUCACCUAUCAGGUCUACAAGUUUCUGGACAAAAAUUAUGAUCAGGUUCGCCAAGAAGUUAUUGAUCUCUUCAUUCACAGCAAAAACAAGAUGGUGGCCAAUCUCUUUGCGAACCACGCAGAGUUUCUCAGCCAGCAGAAGGCCCACAGGAAGAACAGCACGGUGACCCGACGCCAUCAGCCCUCCACUGCGGCCGCCAAGUUUCAGCAGUCCCUCCUGGACCUGGUGGAGAACAUGGAGAGGUGCAACCCAUUUUUCGUACGUUGCAUAAAGCCAAACAAUCAAAAGGAGCCUGGCGUGUUUGAUAUGGAGCUCGCCAGCGCUCAGCUGCAUUACUCUGGGAUCUUAGAAACCGUCCGUAUCCGGAAGGAAGGAUACCCUGUCCGCAUUCCUUUUGGAAUAUUCCUUAACAGGUACAAGGCCCUUCUUGGCCUGAAGCAGCCCCCUCCACCAAAUGGAGAGAACUGUGUCAUCAUGCUGAGCAAGGUCUGCCCCCUUAAAAAAGGGGCUUUCCAAGUGGGCGUCACAAAGAUCUUCAUUAAGGAGGAGGUGCACCAGCUGCUGGAGAGUAAGCGGGACAGAGUGCAGCACGUCGCCGCUCUCACGCUGCAGCGCAACACUCGCAUGAUGUUCGUGCGCAAACGCUACGUCUCCUUCCGCAUGAAGAUUGUCCGGCUGCAGGCUCACUGCCGCGGCUAUCUCGCCAGGAAACGUUACGAGAAGAUGAGGGCAAGCCUGGUGAAAUUCCGCUCUCUCGUCCAAAUGUACAUCAACCGCAAGAGAUUCAUCAGGAUGAAAUUGGAGGGAAAAAGGCAAGAAGAAGCAGAAAGGAUGAGAAUUGAAAUGGAGUUAAGGAGGCGAGAAGUGGUCAAUGUGACGCACCUGGUGAUUCCUGCAGAGCUGGGUGCAUUGCUCCAGGCCACCGCAGGGGGCAGAGAGCUGCACUCGGACUGCCUGGCCUUGGUCGAAGCCCCCAGCAUACAGCUGGACCCCCAGCUCACGCUGCCACUCGACAUCAACAACUUCCCCAUGUCCAAACACAUCCAGGUCCAUUUCAGGGAGCCUAAAUUUGGGAUGCUGACUGCCCCCCUGGACAUGCCCCUGACCCGGAUGGAGGAGGACUUGAGACAGGAAGCUCUCGGUGUGUUCAUCAUGGUGCUGAGGUUCAUGGGGGACCCCCACCUGAACGGUGCCCAGGAGAACCUCUUUGGGAAUUACAUCAUUCAGAAAGGCCUGUCUGCCCCAGGACUCAGGGACGAGAUCCUGUCCCAGAUAGCCAAUCAGGUGUGGAGGAACAGCAACCCUGAAAACGCAGAGAGGGGCUGGCUCCUCCUGCUGGGAUGCAUGAGUGCCUUCAGCCCAUCCGUCAAGAUGGAAAAGUACCUCCUGAAGUUUGUGUCAGAUUAUGGCUGUGAUGGCUACCAGGCUGUGUGCCAGCACAGACUCAUCCAAGCCAUGCAGAAGUCCAAGCACGGCCCCGAGGCUGCCAGGACCUAUCCACUGUCUCUGCUGGAGUGGACGGCCAAUCGGAAAAAAGCAAGCAUGGUUCUCCAGGUGCACUGCUUCGACGGAACCUCCUUCCUGUGCCCUGCUCACUCCUGGACCAGUGGAGAAGACCUGGCCGGAGAUGUCCUCCAGCACAGGGGCGUGACAGAGGGCUGGAGGGGCUCUUCCGUUCUCAUGAAGGAGCAGGGCCAGUGGGCGGAGCUGGCGGGGCACGAUUAUGUCAUGGACCUGGUGUCGGACCUGGAGCUGGUGCCUGGCUUCCCCAGGCAGAAGUCCUACUUCAUCAUCUCCACCGAGGGCCCCUCCCGUAGCCGACCCAACGCCGGCCUAGCUUUGCUUGGGAGUGGGUUUGAGUCAGACGAGGAUGGCCCUCUCUCCCAUGGCGGGAGACCCCAGGCCCUGCCCGGUUCCAGCCUGCCUGAUUCUGAUGGGUACUUCAGCCAUGUAGAGUCUGAUAGCUUGAGUGAAGCGCCGACCCAGAAAGGCAUGGACCGCUAUCUGGACAGCCUCUUCGACCCGGUGCUGUCUGACGGCAGUGGGGAUCGGGAGAAAGCCGCCAGCGUGUCCAGCAGGAUGAAGGGAGCCGGAGGCAUCGGAGCGGAGGAUAGGGAGCCAGGGUGGGCUGGGCCCGGCGGGUCCCACCCCCAGGCCCCGAUGCCGGGAGGGUCGGAACAGAGCGUGAUGCAACAGCAGCAGCAAGCUCUCAUCAACCAGCAAGCCAUUAUUCUGGCUCAGCAGAUGACCAUGCAGGCUUUGGCCCUGCAGCAUCAGAUGUACGCCCCAGUUGGUCUGCCCCCAGGGCCCCCUCUGACCAGCCCCUAUGCCACCUACGCCAGCCCCCAGUUCCAGGAUCACCCACCUGCUGCCAUUGCCCCUCUGCCCCGAGCCGCUACCAAACCAAUUAGUAAAUACUCCUACGAACCACCAGCACCCACGCCUCAUGGGAACAGGGACAGGACUGGAUACCAGAGAGGCCCAAACCGCUCAGUCCCUCCUGAGGACGUGGUGAAAUCCUCCACCUCAAACACAGAGUACAUUGAGCCCAGUCAAAACAUCAAGAACAUCAUCAAACAGUACCAGCCGUCUGCUGCAGUCCAGCCUAUAGAGAUCCCCAGGAAGGAACCCAAAGUGUUCAUGAAGAAGCCAGAUCCGCAUGAUGAGGCCAUGACAAUCCUGAAGGGACAGAUGAGUACUCAGCCUCCUCCCCAGAAAAAGAAGCCUCCAACCCCCUCCACGCCCCCUACCCACCCUGCUCACCCUGCUCUGCCCAAGGAACCCAAGGAGGAAGCCAGAGCCCUUAAACCUGCCAAGAGCAUCAAGGUGAAGUCCCAGCCCCCCAUGCCUGCCACCUCCCAGAGGGGGCCAUUCCCCACCCCAGUGUCCAGGGAGCUCCCUGUCGAGGUGGAGUCCAUUCAGACGCAGCUCCACCGGAGGGCUAGCGAGGAGCACUACACCUACUCCAACGUGCCCUGGAAGAUCUACCUCAGGAAGGAGGUUUUCUACCCAAAAGACAGCUUUAACAAUCCUCUAGUUCUGGACCUCAUAUUCAGACAGAUUGUCCACGACACAUUUUCAGAGGCCUGUAUUCGUAUUACCAACGAUGAAAGGCAGAAAAUGAAAAAGCUAUUUGUGGAGAAUCAGAUUGAGCAGAACGCUACCAGUCAGGAGGAGGGCGUGAAGAAGAAGAUAGUUUCUGCCGCCAGGGACUCCUGGGAGAUUUAUUUCUCUCGUCUCUUCCCAGCCUCGGGCAGUGUGGGCACUGGGGUGCAGGUUCUGGCCGUGUCUCACAGAGGGAUUAAGCUGCUGAAGAUGGUGAAAAGCAGCUCCUCUGAUGCGGAUUACUUCAGGGUCCUACGGCCCUACAGCUAUGCAGAUAUCAUGUUUGUUACAAUCCCGUCCAAGAACAUGCUGGAGUUCAAUCUGACCAAUGAGAAGCUGAUCCUGUUUUCUGCCAAAGCGCCGCAGGUGAAGACAAUGAUCGACUUCUUCAUCACAGAGCUGAAGAGGGACUCAGACUAUGUGGUCGCCGUGAGGAAUUAUGUCACGGAUGACAGGACUUUGUUGAGCUUCCACAAGGGUGAUAUCAUACGCUUGCAGACCAUGGAAGGUCUGGAACAAGGACAGCACUAUGGCUGCAUUGUGAGAAAGAAGGUGAUGCUCCUGGAGGAUUUAAGAAAAGACACAUUAGACUUUGGCUGGAAGUUUGGGGCGAUUCACGGUCGUUCAGGGGUCUUCCCCGCCGAGUUCGUCCAGCCUGUUGCCCCGCCCGACUUCGUCAACCUCCCCAUGGACAGGAAGGAGGAGCCCAAGAGCAAGCAGGGUCAGGUGGCUGCUUCCGCCGCGGUCGCCGCGGCGAUGGCUUCCACCGUUGCAGCCCACGAGUUGGACCGCUCCACUGAGGUGGCUCCUGCUGGUGAGUCUUAUGAUGACUUUAGUGUUGAGUUGGAGGAGAGGAUUCUGCAGGACCCCCAGUUCAACAUGGUGGAGUUUGCCAAGAAAUACUUCAGGGAGGCCGUGAGAAAAAACAGUGAUUCAUAUAAACACAAGUCAAAGAAAGGACACCCCUCACGGGAACCUGCGGAUAUGGUGAAGUUUUCUAAGUCACCCAUUCAGGAGUCUUUGAUAGACUUCAGUGAUGAGACCAUGAACAAAGUAGCAGCAGACAUUUUCCUGGCUAUAAUGAAGUUCAUGGGAGACUACCCUCUGAAAGGGCAAACGGAGCAAGAUGUGGUCUGCACUGUCCUUAGGUUCAGUGGGAAGCACGGACUAAUGAAGGAUGAGGCUUACUGCCAGGUCCUCAAGCAGAUCACCGCCAACACCAGCUCCAAAACGGACAGCUGUCAGAGGGGGUGGAGACUGCUGUACAUCCUCACAGCUUAUUACCGCUGCUCUGAGGUGCUCAAGCCCUUCCUGUUCAAGUUCCUGCAGGACGUCUGCCGGACCCCUGGGAUUCACUACCAAGGGAUCGCUAAAGCUUGUGAGCAGAACCUGAGGAAAACCUUCAGGUAUGGAGGGAGGGUGGAGUUCCCCAACAGCAUGGAGCUGAAGGCAAUGGUGGCUGGCCGCAGCUCCAAACGGCAGCUCUUUCUCCUGCCGGGCGGGAUCGAACGACAUCUCAAGAUCAAGACCUGCUCAAUCGCUCUGGAUGUCAUUGAGGAGCUUUCUGAGGAGAUGGGCCUGUACAGGCCAGAAGCUCUGUUUGAGUACACCAUCUUUGUGGUCACAAACAAAGGUCAGAACGUCCGCCCGCUGACCAAACGCGAGUACAUCCUGGACAUCUCCACGGAGGCCGAGCCCAUCGACAGCAACUACAGCUUCUGGCUCCGGAGGGUGAUCUGGGCCCAGCCUCUGAAGUUCGACAACGAGCUGUACGUCACCAUGCACUACAACCAGGUUGUUCCAGACUACCUGAAGGCCCUGCUGACCGUGCUGCCCCAGGGACAGCCCAGCGAGCCGCACUUCCAGCAGCUCUCCAAGCUGGCCGCCCUGCAGCACCGCACCAAAGACAGCGUCUACCUCCCCACCGUUCGGGAGGUGCAGGAGUACGUUCCUCCGCAGCUGUACAGUCAGCAGCGCCCGCAACAGUGGCUCAACAUGGUGACCCAGCACAUGCAGCAGGUCCAGGUCCUCAGCCCACACCAGGCCCGGGCACAGUUUCUGGGUCUGGUCAGUGCCUUCCCUAUGUUUGGCUCUGCCUUCUUCUUCAUCCAGAGCAGCAGCAACAGCACCAUCCUGACCCCCUGCAUACUGGCCGUCAAUCAGAACGGCCUCAACUUCCUCAGCAAAGACACACACGAGGUGAUGGUGAAGUUCCCUCUGAAGGAGGUGCAGUCCACACGCACACAGAGGCCCACGGCGGGCUCCAGCUUCCCUUACGUGGAGAUCAUGCUGGGGGACCUGCUCUCCCAGCGCAUCACCCAGCUCCAGCUGGAACAGGGGCUGGAGUUGUGUCGAGUCAUCGCCAUGCACAUGGAGAACCUGAUGUCAGUGCGAGAGAAGAGGCUGACCCUGCCCCCCAGUGAAAUCACCCUGCUCUAA